AUGACUAUUGCUGCAUAUGCGUAUGAAACAAAUGAAGCAAGAAGAGCACAUGAACUAGUAAACGAAAACUCAACUUUAACCAUUGAAGGCAAUGAUUUAGUCAUUGACGAUGGAAAAACUAAAAAAGUCAUUGAUUUCGAUACUUUUAACACUUAUGACCCAUUCAUUACAACAAGCAAGGUUCCCAUCAUAAAUGAUGGAACGGUGCAAUAUAUAAAUUCUACAGUAGAUGCCUCAUUAGUGAAAGUAUUAAAUGUUCUCAUUGAAUUGUUAAAGAGCUUUCGAUUUGACGACAACAUUAAAUGCCUAAAGAAUUUAGUCAUGAAUGAGAAACAAAUUCUCGGCGUUGCUGGUAGCAGUAACGAUGUACACCUUAUGACAUUAGAAUAUUAUAACGAACAUAAAGAUGAACUGAAAGGAGAGAAGGGUGACACCGGACCACAAGGACCACAAGGAAUACAAGGAAUACAAGGAAUACAAGGACCUCAAGGCGAAAACGGUUUGGAUGGAAAGGAUGGAAAGGAUGGAAAAACUGCUAAAUCAUGGAUAUGGGACCUUAUAAAUACUGGUUUAACAGCUGCUUCAUAUGGAGUUCUUCAAUACCAAAUCGGAAAGAUAUGGGCAGUACUUGGUGAAGAAGCUUUAGAUGACGUUAAAAAUGCUUUGAACUUCAUUUCAAAUGGUUCGGAUACUAUUAAAACUUUAUCUGGUUGGAUGCAAGAAACAAGGAGUCAAAUAGAUACUGUAAGACGUAUAGCAAACAAUGCACGUACGGGAUUGGAUACUUUACGAGAAGCACAAAAUACACUAAAGGAAGCAAAUGAUAUUCUUGGCUCAGUAUCAGACAUGCAUGAAGAUUGGCUUAAAGGUAUUGACAAAUCUUUAAAAAAUCACAGUCAGUCUAUUGCUGACUACAAGAAAAGUAUAGAUUUUUUACAUAGUGCUAUGGACGUACAUGAUGGAAGCAUAAGGAACUUACUUAAUGCUAACAAUAACUUACCAGGAACUAUUAAAGCAUUUAUAAAGUCCUUUGUAAAACCUGGUGCUCUAACAUUUAGGUCUUUGAGAGCAAGAGCAUUGAA